UACGACGCGUGUUUCUGGCCCGAUUGACCGCGCAUUCAUGUGGAAUGAGAUCAUGACUUGUGUCACCGGUUAAAGACCGCUGAAGUGAAAAGACAAGGAGAAAAGUACGGGACUUUUAGUGAAUCCUCGGACAAGCCUUUAAUAAAACUUGUCCAAGAUGAGCCUGCAGUCCGUCCUCGUUAUCCUAGCGGUCUGUGUAUGCGUGACAUUUGCUGCAACAGCUACUGUUAAACCAACAAAAAAGCCCACACCUCCACCAAACCCAAGCACACUACAAUGCUCCACAUAUAACGUUACCUUAAAGCUGAUCAGCACGCCGUGGGACGGUAACCUUGGCAACACAUUCUCAGGACAGUUCGAGAAACUCAGACUUGAACUCGAAGCUGGGGUCCACCAAGCAUUUGACGGUUAUAACGCAUUUACCGGACUUAAAGUCAACUCUUUUAGCCGCGCUCCGGAUGGCAAGACCCUGGUAAACAUGUACUUGGACUUUAACACGAACGGCACUCACCUGGUAGCUUUCCUCAAGGCCCUACAGACAAAGAAACUCGGCACAAUCCCCGUCAACAAUGUGCUCAACACAUUCUCGUGUUAUGUGGUGGCUCCCAUUAUGUACUGUAGCUAUCCCUGCCCCGCCCUCUGCGCCCCCACAUGCGGGGCCUCCUGCUGUGGGUCCUACAUGGUGGCCACGCCCUUCCCAGUCGCCUCCCCUCCUCCUGCAUGCCCUGCCCCGUGCAGCCCUUCAUGUGCCCCAUCCUGCAGCCCGGCGUGCUGCCAGACCGCCUACAGCCGCGCCUAUAACACAUACCGCAGCCUGUACGGCAAGAGACACGUAGCGCCGAGACCUCGUGGGGUAAAGAAACAUCUCCAAAAGCACAAGAAGGCCUUGAAGAAGCACCACAAGAAAUCGGAGUAGCUUGGAUGAAUGCUACAACUUCGCUAUUUAGAAAUUGACAUUAAAUUCGAAGUCAGACAAGAAAUAGGUAACAUUUAGGUGGACAAAACUGAAACUAGCUUUUACUUGCCUUUCCGAACACUACUUCUAACUAUUGUUUUUUUAAGGCAGUGAUCAAGAAGUUUUAGCGUUUAGUAGGUAUCAAUUAGGCUGGCAUAACUCGGAACCAAGACACUUGCCUCAUUUAUGAUUCAGAAAAAAUGCAAUUACCUGGCCUCACGUUUGUGCCAAAAACAAUAAGCACGGUGUAUUAUCUGCACCAAUAUCUUUAUAUGUCUAGACUCAUGUCUUGUCUCUGUAAUUGACACUACAUUUGAUGACCUUGACACGAUGAUAAGGCCAGUUCAGCUGCUGAUGACUAUGACAACACAACAUAAUGACUAUUCUAGUUGAUGUAUAUAAGGGACUUAGUCAGACGGUCACACGGGUUUAUUGUAACAGUGUUAUAUUCAGACCGUGGACAGUAAACUUUUGUGACAGAGUUUGAAUAGAUAGGGAAAGGAAGGGGAAUGGGUGGGGACGGCUUUAGCAUCGUUGGUCUUCCAAGAGACUUAAUUGUCAAUAUUGUAUUAUUGUAUCGAUACACUUUUUAAUCGUUGAUUAAUAAUAACGGAUUAAACACGUUUAAUGGUGAUUUCCAGGACAGCUGUGAUUUUACAGCACUACUCACAACCUUAUUUGAUUACCAGUGUAAGCAACACAAUCAAUCGAAUUCUACUGGGUACAAUGACGUCCUAAGGACCUUCGAUUAUUAUUGUGAUCUUGCCCUGCAAUAUACAUAAGGAAUAUUUCAGCUGAAAAGUUGAAAGUCAGGUACUCAAUUAAAGGUGUAUAAACUACA